AUGGCCGAUGAUAAUCCAAACUUGCUAAAAAUGGUUUCAACACAGCUACGUAAUAAAGCUAAUGAGUUUUUAAACUCUAGAAAACAUGCAAAUAAUCUUGCUGAUCUCUUACAGAUGUUUCAGGCUACAACUGAUAAUUACACGCCGCUUUUGCUUACAAUUGAAGUAAUAUUUACAGAACUAUUACGAAGAGGCGAUUUGAUUGAAGAAAUUGUACCAUUGAAACCUAUCGAACAAAGCCCAGAAGCAGAAUAUACAAGAUGGCUAAGAGAUUGCUAUGAAACUGCACUGAACCAAACUCUGGAAUGUAUCAAGAGAGGCCGCAUGAACUCCCGUCUCCAAGCUCUAGUGACAAACAUCUUUACAGUUUUGUUGGACUCUGAGCAAUCAAUGUCUGCUCCUAUAGCUCGAUUCCAAGAGUUUACUGAAUACAGGGAUGUGCAACAAUAUGGAUUAAAAGUACUCUCAACAUUAGCAUAUCGCAAAUCACCCUCAUCAACAUUUAUGCAAAACUAUCUGGAGCUAUUGGACAAACUUCUGAUAACUGAAAUACAAACAGAAGCUAAAUGCAGGAUCAGGAACCGAAAUAAUGAGGAAAAAGAGGAAAAAAUAUUGUGUGGAGCUGAAGGCAAAGCCCCGUUCCCCUACAACCCGGGCGUGUGUCGUCGCUACGCGAACCGUUGCUGGAACUUCGCGUGCCAGUGGGCAUUGUGCGCAGAACCACGCACCCAUCGCCGUGCGUUACUGCUGCUCGUGGAGAGAUUGAUGCCGAUACUAACGCGACCGUAUCUCGCUACGGAUAUGCUAUGCGAUAGUCUUGAUGCAGGCGGCCCCAUCAGCAUCCUGGCGCUACAAGGCGUACUGGAGUUAGUGCGACGCCACAACGUAACAUAUCCCGACAUGUACGACCGCCUGUACGCGCUGCUCGAGCCCGAGAUGUUCCACACGCGCUGCAAGCGGCGCCUGCUGCAUCUGACGGACGUGUUCCUCAGCUCCACGCAUCUUCCGGAAAGUCUGGUGGCAGCGUUCGCGAAGCUGUCAAGCGACCCGUACGUGAUGGAAGAGACAUCAGCGAGUCGUUCCCGCGCCUUGGGCUCCUCCCUGUGGGAAGUGAGCGCCCUGCGCCGCCACCACUGCCCCAGCGUGCAGCACGCGGCCGCCAGGGUGCUGCAGGCCGCCGCCCCGCGCGCCGCCCCGCUGCCGCUCGCGCCCGCCGCGGACGGACCGCUCUUUGACGCAGAACUGAAAAAGAGGUUCAAGACUAUCGAGAUGAAUUUCAUACGGCCGCAGGGCAUGACCGCACCCUCUGGCGAGCGCUUAAUGCAAUUCUGGGAGUUGAUGGCCUGAAGCAGAAGAGUCAAGAAGCCGCUAAAUGUCGCUCGCUGCGUUCACGCGACACCGCUUGCUAACCAAACUUGAAAUAGUACUCGCGACCACCAAAACAGUGUUGUGUUGUCAUAAAAAAUCACUCAAAAUGGAGUCUAUACAAUGGUACAAAACUGGCGGAAUAGUGGUUGACAUCAAGUAGCCAUUGAGAAAGGAAGACGAAGUACUCGCUGCCAGAUCAUGGUAAAUAUAUAAAUGCAUUUCAAAUUUCAACAUCAUCACAUAUUGUAAUCUUUUUAAAUAAAAUUUGUUUCACAUUGCAUCGCAAAAAUAACUGUUAUCGUCUCGAGAUGAUUCAUGGAAGUAUUAAAAAGUAUUGGGUGUAAUGCAUUGCGCUAUGCGAGUACCGGAGUAUUAUUGGAUGAAUCGGACAACCAAAAACUUUAUUCACUAAUAAAAGUAGUUAGUCAAGUAGAUUCAUUUAGUUUCCUGUUAGUUAAACUUAACUGGGGACCGAUAAGUAACAAUUUAAUUGAUAAGCGAACAUGGUUAAGUCACUGUAUUGUUAAAAUCAUUUAUUACGUUAACAGUAUGUUAUUCUGAGAAAAUUUCUAAGCAAAUCUGCACCUUCUACAUAUAUUAUAUUACUUCUUAUGUUUUAUAAACAUACUUUGAACGUUUUGUUCGUAUAAUGGAAAAUUAGUCAAAUGGAUAUUGUUUGGCUGCACACAGAAUUGCACUUUUACACACUUGUUAGUGUUACUUUGAACACGUUCUUUGGCACGACUUUAUAUCACUACGCCAAUAUCGCAGAGGUGAUGAGGGUUUUUCUCAAAAUGCCUGGUCAGCUUGUAUCUUUAUAAUUUGUAUUAGUAACUUUGGGCAGAUUUAGCAUAGUUUUU